AUCCAAAGUUACACUUCAACAACGCUUGUGGAAAGCAGUUCACUGGAUAUCAUAUUGUAAAACAAAAAUGUAUCUUUUCCAAGGCAAAGAAUUACAAAUCCCUAAAUCCAAAUAGUGUUAAUGGAUUUAAUAGAACACUGUUGAGGGUAAAUAACAAAAGAACAUAUAACAUUUCUUAUAGUGAAGCUAAAUCAUGCAGUAAUAUUGAGUGUGAAAAAGAAUUGAAAAGAAAUCAUCAUCUAAAAUUAAAUGUGAAGCCACACACAGGGAAGAAGCAACACAGGUGUGGAGUGUGUGGCAAACAAUUUUUAAAAGUUUGUUACUUAAAAACACAUUUGAGGAAACAUACUGGAGAAAAACCAUUCAAAUGCAUAGUGUGUGGAAAAGAAUUUGUGACACAGAGUAAUUUAAAAAGACAUCUGAAGAUACACACUGGGGAGAAACCAUACAGUUGUGUGAUGUGUGGCAAAGAAUUUGGAACAAAUACUUGCCUACAAGCACAUGUGAGGAUACACACUGGAGAGAAACCAUACAAUUGUGUAGUGUGUAAUAAAGGAUUUCGAAUUGUUGGUCAUUUGAAAAUACAUGAGAGAAUACAUACUGGGGAGAAACCGUACACUUGUGUAUUGUGUAAUAAAAAAUUUAGAAGUAAAAGUAAUCUUAACAACCAUAAGAAGAUGCACAUCAGAGAAAAACCACACAGUUGUUUAGUGUGUAAUAAAACAUUUGAGAGUGAAACUAAACUUAAAAGACAUGAGAGGAUACACACUGGGGAAAAAUGUCACAGUUGUGUAGUGUGUGGCAAAGAAUAUGGAAGAAGCAGUCAUCUUAAAACUCAUCAGAGGACACAUACUGGAGAGAAACCAUAUAGUUGUUUAGUUUGUGGCAAAAAAUUUGGAAGAAAUAGUUUUCUUAUUGUUCACCAAAGGAUACACACUGGAGAGAAACCAUACUCUUGUGUAGUGUGUGAUAAAAAAUUUAGGACAAAAUGUCAUGUAAACAGACAUGAGAAGGUACAUACUGGAGAGAAACCAUACAGCUGUAUAGUGUGUGAAAAAAAUUUGUAACAAAUUCUUAUCUACAGGAACAUGUGAAGAUACACAGUGGAGAGAAACCAUAUAAUUGUGUAGUGUGUAGCAAAGGAUUUCGUUUCAGUUGUCUGUUAAAAUGACAUGAAAGUAUACAUACUGGGUAGAAACCAUACACUUGUAUAGUUUGUGAUAAAAAAUUUAGCUGUAAAAAUCAUCUUAAUAGACAUGAGAGGUUACCCACUGGUGAGUUGUGUAGUGUGUGGUGAAGGAUUUGAAACAAAUAAUGACUUGAAAAACAUGAGAAUAUAUACAUACACUGAGUUGUUUGGUGUCGCAAAUUUAAGAAUCAGUUAACUAGAAGAAGAUGUGAGGAUACACCAUGCAAGGAAUUUGUACAUAGUAAUCAUCUUAUAAAUGUACACAGUUGAAAGGAAACUGCAAAUAUCUAAAACAGAUAAUAUACAUACUUAUUGUUACGUUAGGGUUUUUAAUUUAGAGCAUAGUGAUAUACUUUGUCCUGCUCUUGUCGAUUAGGCUUAACAAGUGUCUGUUAGUUUCAGUUUACCAGUAGUUCUACUUAUGGGUAAAUUGAUAAUUUAGUUAAAUAUCGUGUUAUCUUCAACACAUAACAUCUA